ACUGCACAUUUCAAUUUUCAUACAAUCGAGAGAAUCGCUUUUUUCUUAGAGAGUUUCAACUUUCAAGUUCGAGUUUAUUAUUAUAUUCCUAUUAUGUACCUACCUUAAGUUUUAUUUUGAUCAAGAUUAUUUUUGUUUUUUAUAAUAGUCACUGACUAGAGUAGAGUCAGUAGACCUUAUCUAACCGCAGAGUACCUUUGUUGGACCUUAUUUCUGACUUCUAACGAAUAAAGAUACCUGUAUCACCAAGUGGAACUGUGGAAGUGCAAGUGGCUAGUUCUCGAAGAAUAUAUUUGUUGUAACGCGAGGUCUAAUUGAAGAAAUCCUAAGUAUGGCUUUAAUUCCGCAUAUUAUUUCUAGGAUUACAUGUCCCUCUAAAUAUGUAAAAUACUUUGAGUUUGAACACUUUGUGAUUCCAUAUAGAUAUCCUCGUCAUUUGAGUUAUAGCACAUUUAGUGGAAAAAGCGACAAAUUCAAAGGUUUAACAGUGGACUCUGCCAAUAUAAAAAUGACCUCUGCUGACUUUCAUAAACAAUUGGAAGAUUCGUUGAAUUGUUGGUCAUCUGAAGGUAAACGCUGUAUUUGGUUUAAGAUACAGAUAGACAAGGCAGAAUUUGUUCCAUUACUAGCUAAGAAAGGUUUUAAUUUCCAUCAUGCUAGAGAUGAUUUUGUUAUGAUGUAUAAAUGGCUACCUACGGACUCUGAACCCAAUCUACCUCCACCUUGCCACACAAAUCUUGGAGUAGGAGCUCUAGUGUUGAAUGACAAGAAUCAAAUGCUGGCAAUAUCUGAAAAGAAUUAUAAUUAUCCACAUUGGAAGCUGCCUGGUGGAUAUGUUGAGAGAGGUGAGGAUAUAAAAGAUGCAGCUGUUAGAGAAGUCAAGGAAGAAACUGGGAUUGAUGCUGAAUUUUUAUCAAUAAUCACAUUCAGACAUACACAUGAUAUGAUGUAUGGAAAUUCUGAUAUUUACAUAUUGCUUAUGCUGACGGCAUUGUCUGAGGAAAUUGUACAGUCGCAAAGAGAAGUGAUGGAUUGUAAAUGGAUGAAUAUUGAGGAAUAUGUGAACCAUCCACAUGUUCAUGCUUUUAAUAAGCUAAUAGUGCAUAAAGCACUUGAGUAUAAGUCCAAUAAUUUAAAAUUGGACAUUCAGAAGAAAACAGUGACAUGGCCAGCUGCAACAAGGGAGAUGAACUUUUUAGUUGUCACUAAUUAUGACUCUGAUUAAUAUGAGUGGAUACUAUCUUGUACAUUAUGUAUAAAUGUAUAUUUUGUACAUACAAAUACUUUUUACCAUGCAAUUAUUGUAUAUUUUAAUUAUUUUUCUGUUAUUACUGAAUAUUAUAUAUUGUUAUCAAAUUUA